GGCAGCCAAAGCAGUUGAAGAAUUUCAUUGAAGUAGUGGAAGAGUAAGUCGCAUUGUAUAAACCAAAAUUUCCCUUUCUCAUUAGUCCAUCAUGUCGACUUUCGGACGCAGCAGGCAAUCAAUAACAGACAUCGAACAAGAACUCUAUGACAUAUUUAACAACCACCCAGAAUCGCGUGAAAUCCAAUCAGGAGAACCAGCCAUACCCGCAGACGUACUCCCUGAUGUACUCAGUGCAUUUUCAGAGUCAUGCGAUGGCGUCGACCUACUCAACGAGAAGGAGAUGGGCAUGCUCAAGGAACUUCUCGCAGGCAAUCCCGGAAUUGAAGUUACACCUCAAGUUUUGCUCCAGUUCAUUGCAGAGAGGACCAGGCACAGUCCGCGAGGCAGUCCAUAUGACUCCCCUGUGGAAGAGGAUGUAACGCUGCCUGACGACCGAGGGCACAAUCCAUUUAUUCGCAACACCAACCACUCGCGAUCUUCUAGCAGAGGCUCGGCAGGAACUUCACGCGUUCCCAGUCGACCACCGUCUGUGCCACCAAAGACGCCCACAACUGCAACUGGCUCUGCCUUUGACACGUCGCGACGACAGCGAACAACCCCAUUGGAUGCACAGCCCCCCUCAAGCUGGUCAAAGCGCCCAGCACCUACCAGCAGACGCAAAAGUAUCGAUGGCGGGUCCAAUCGCGGUCUUAGUGAUUCGGAAUCGUCUUUCUCUUCCAGUCCCAGCGCGUUCGGCCGAACCCGCACACCAUCAAAUCCAACGAGUCCCUCGAGCAUCUCUUCAGGCCUAUUCUCUCCUACAUCGAUCGGCUCACCACCUUUCGCACGGCCACAUUCUCGUACGCAGUCGCAGCCCUUCACUAACAUUGGGAUCCACUACUCAUCUCCGGACCGGGAUCACCUCUCUUCGGGGGAACAUUCGCCUGACAUGGACGCCUCGUUUGAAUACCCGCAGAAAGGGGACAACUUUUCUCGCCAAAUAUCUUCAUUGCCCAUGCCACACUCAGCAUCAGAUUCUGAUUCUGAUGGCGAGAAUGAGUCAUCCUUAGGCUUAGUGAUGGAUCGUUCAGCAACUUCGUCGACUGUGUCUCUUGAGCCCAUGGACAGACUGGAUGUAUUACAGAAGGCCAAUACAGAGCUUGGGCGGAAGCUGAUGGAGGCCGAGAAGACUCUUGAGAACAGGAUGAAUGAGCAUGACAUGGACUUGGAUGAGAUGCAGGGGCGCUUGGAAGAACUCAAGAGCGAACUCACUUCUACCAAGCGGGAGGAGAAGGAACUUCGAGCGAAGGAGCGAACCAACUCAACGCAAAUUGCGGCGUUAGAGUCCGAAAUCGCGAAGUUGCAGAAAAGUUUGGAAAACGCGCGUUCAUCAUACCAAAGUUUGCAGAAGCAAUACCAAGAGCAAUGCGCGGAAUCUGAACGCUACCGCAACCAGCUCCGCCGUCGAGAUCAAGAAAUCAAAGAUUUUCAAGAUGCUGCCGCGCUCCAGUCGCUCGAAGCUGCAAAGUGGACCAAAGAAGCAUUUUCCUACGAAGACCACAUCUCACGUCUUGAAGAGGAGCUCGUUAUUGCACAACAAGCCCAUGCUCAGCUCGAUGAGCAGAAGCAGGAGAACCUUAUGCUCAAGGAGACCAUCGACCGCAUGCGGUUUGAUAUGGACGAGAUGCGCAAUGCUGCCACAAAUGCGGCUGCGGGAAGCGGGCAUUCUAGCGCGGCGAAUACUAUGAGUAAGAGCCUCGGUGCUGAGCUCAUGGGGAAGAUGGGUGAAAGUUGGGGUGACGAGGAUGAUGGAAUUGAAGAUGAAGGAGACAGUAGUGAGCUAGAGCUGGAUGUAGACGAGGAUACAGAGGAGGAGGAGGACGUCAUUCAAACCAUCAUUACUCGGAAGAAGAGGAAAGUUGGCCGUAUCAACAAGGCCGAGACCGUCACUUUCUCAGAAACCAAGGAAUACAGUGACGCGUACACGCAACACUACGCCGCAGAGCAUACAUCAGCAUGUGCAAUGCAGACAGACCCCGAACCCAAGGUUCCCACUUGCGCGUCCUCCGUUCAAACAGAAGAAGUCUCCCGUCGCAUCUUUGCGGUCCAAACUGAUCCUGAACUACCACGGAUCACAUCGUGUAUCGAAAUACAAACAGACGACUUAGAGUCAGAAGUCUCCCGGUCUGCAUCACCGCAAGUCACCCUGGAAGACGACGAGACACUCGCGUCUUCAUCGUCCACUGUCCUCCCUCCCACGCCCAAGGGGCACCUGGACCCUCACCUGAACGACGCUCCUCCUUCCUACAACUUCGUUACUGAGCUCGAGCAAUCUAAUGUCGUCAAUAACGCCCUAAUGGACCGGCACAAAGGUAUUACCAUCCCGAUACGUGGCAUUCCCGGAGGAAUCUCAGAAGACGCUGUCGAGGAGUGGAAAGCGCUGAAGGAGGAACUCGGUGUGGAAUGUGAGAUGAUAGAUGAGUUGAUCGCCUGUUCCAGCACCAAGCAUCAGCCUCGUCGCCAGAACCGUUUCUACAAGAUCUACAAUACCUAUGUCAUCGGCAAGGGCGGAAACGAGGGGGGCGAAGAAGGCGAUGCUUGGCUUGCUGGCGCGGCUCGGCAGGCACUCAUCAGCGCUGGGGCUAUGGCGCUCGUAUUCCUCUGCAUGACAUCGCGUCUGCCAGCCAUUGGGGCGCAGUAUUCACCUGUUGGUGGCCCAACGGUAUACGACCGCGCUGCUUGGUCGAGCUUCAACAGCAUGCAGGGACCCGGCGAAGGCUUUGGUUACGAUGGCACUGCUGCUGUAUGGAAUAUCAUGGGGCGCGUUGGUUUUGGUGCUGCUAGGAUUGCAGGUGGCUGGCCGACAUGAUUGCGGACCGCGUACUCUGUCCAUAAUUCUUAUCGCGCUAUCUAUUUCUUACGUUCAUCACUUCUCCACUCAUUUCUCGAGUACUAGCGUUCUUGCCUAGCAUAUGUCACUCCUUCGCUUCGUUAUUUUCAAUGUAUUGUAUUAUAUAAAUAGCAACCUUUGGAGAUGCCGUCGAGAACUUUGUGCACAAUACAAUAAAAGUGGACUAGGCUGUCUUGUGCGUCUGAGUAUACUUGCUGAGCUCACGCCCCCGGGUCUACGUACGGUGGUUGCCGC